AUCGGACAGGUAUACCAACUCGGCGAGCUCGAAUACAGCCUACUCGCAUUUUGUUCAUCGUGAAAAAUAAAAGUAAGGAAAAUUCGGUGUUUUCUUUAUUUAAAACUCCAAAUAAAAUAGAAUAAUUUCAAGCUAAAUAGUUUAUCAUUUACGAAUCAGCUGUGAUUGCGACUAGAGUUCAAUUCCACAAGAAACAAAUCAGUACAACCGAGUGCAAUAAAAGUUCAAACAAAAGUUUUCCAAAACAACGCAAAUUAAAUUCUCUUUUUCCAUCAUUCGAUUGAAUCGGUUCCUUCGCGAGAGCUCGCAUUUUUAAUAUUUUUUUUUGUCAAAACAUGUGGAUUUAUGCGCCCAAUAUUCCAUGAAGUGUCAUCAGAAUUCGAUAUUUUGACUGUGAUAGAAGUGCUCGCUUUUCUACCACGAUUUUUAAGAACAAUAAUUUUCCGCGAAGAUUUUGUUGCCUACGUUUAGUACAUGAACGUAGAUUUGUUGGGAAUAAUCGGAAUAUUAAGCGUUUGAAAACGAGUAAAUAGACAAAUAAAAAUGCAGAACUGUAGUCGGCCUUUCAACGAGUACACCCAUGCCGAAUUAAGACCACCGCGAGGAGGAAAUAGUGCUGCCAACCACAAACUGUCGGUGGAUGCUCCAGAAUUCGUUCCACAAACGAAAAUUCCGUCAAUGGAUGUGGGUGUUGUGCCACAUCAGCAGCACACACCAUAUCAGCCGUACCAUCAACUGCCGCACCAAGUACAACAUCAUAAUCCACAUACAAUGAACCAUAACAAUCAGAUGAAUCACAAUCACACGAACCAGAAACGAAGUGGUCGAUUUUCCGUUCAAGAUCGUUUGGGCCUUGGUGGACCGGUUUCACAUCAGCAGCAGCAGCAGCAGCAUCAUCACCACCACCAUCAUCAACAGCAGCAGCAGCAGCACCAUCAUCAUCAACACUACAAUGUCGGUUCGUCGAUGGGUGGCGGUAGCGGUUACCAUCAGCAACAACAACAGCAGCAGCAGCAACAACAUCAUCAGCAGAAUAAUGCGGAUGUUAGAGGAUCCAAUCCGUCGGAAGCCGAAUCCCAUGUCCUCAGCUUCUUGAUUGAAGUGAUGAGAAAGUUGAACGCUGAUCCUGGGUCAUUCGAAUCAUACCAAAAGGAGCUGAAUUCACUGUACCUCGAAUAUGCACACAAUGAAUUUGUCAUCAGCAAUGCCAUCGAAAUUAUAUUUGACCAGUCCAUCAAUGAACAAAAUUUCCGGUACAUGGGAGCACGGAUUUGUCGCUUACUCGAUGCUCUGGACGCAUCGCCGGACAGUGUGUUCAGACAUUUGUUGCGCCUGAAAAUGAACUACAAUCAGGAAGAGAAUAUGGCUUUCAUCACCAACGAUGCACACAAAGUACGCGGCACAACAUUAUUCUUGGCUGAACUAUACAUUCAAUUGCAGAACGACGGACAUAGAAUCGGCGAUGUUGCCAAAAGCAUUUACAAGGCAAUCAGUUUAUUGUUGCAGAAGACCACUCCGGAGAACAUUAAAUGCGUUUGUCAAACCUUGAAGCUGUGCGGCUACGAACUCGAAAUUGAUUUUCCCAUGGAAGCAGCCGACGUUCUCAGCAUACUUAAACAAGUGAAAGAUAUUGAUGUUUCAACUGAACGAUUAUUGAAGUCUGUGCUGGAAUUGAGUCAAAAUCGUUGGGGACGAACUGAAGCCGUCCUCAAUGCACCGAUAAUUGAACAUAACAUUCAGCCAAACUACAGUAAUGAUCCCGUGUUUUAUGGGCCCGAUGGCGAAAUAAUCACCGAAGAAGAGAGCAAAUUCCUUUCCGAUAUUCCAGCCUAUCCGAAUUUCGACUAUUGUGAAGAUAGCAAUGAUGCCGAUGAGCUGGCCGAACCUGAACCAGAAAUGGAUCUAGAAAUUCAAAUGGCGUUUAAGGACUUUGUGAAAAGUCAACAUAAUCAGAAAUGAUAAUUUUGUUGUGGUAAUGUGCGUUUUCCAGAUGUAACCAGAGAGACAAAGCAAUUCACAGAUAAGACUUAUCAAGCCACAACAAUAUAUAUAAAUAGUACACACGAUGAAUGAGAGGAAAAAAGAAAAACAAAACAGAGAAACAGAAUUAUUUAAGGAAAUAGUUAAAGAAACAAAAUAAAACAAAAAAACGAAAAAAUACUUAAAGCAAACAACAAAAAAUGUGCGCGAUGCUCCUUUCCUUAGCUUACAAAAAAAAAAAAAAAAAAAAAAAACAGAAAAA